GGGAGAGGAGGAACGGGGUAGAGGUGGUGUUUUGGUGUGUGGUAACAUGAUGAUGAUGGUACUAAGAGUUAACAUUUACGGGGUUUUACUGUGCCAGACAAUGUUCUAAAAUCCUUUAUAUGUGGUAAUUUAAUUUCCAGUCCUAUAAGACUGGUACUCUUCACUAGCCUCCUUUUGUAGAGGGGGAGACUGAGGCUCACAGGUUGUAGAACCUGCUCAAAGAAAGACAAAUGAAAUGUGCAGGUCAGGAUUUGCAUUCUGGAGGACUGAUCCCAGAACAUACCUCUAUGCAGCACCCAGUGGUUGUCCCCCAUCAAGAUGUGCAAGUGAGGUUGUAAGACAAGGAGUAAGAGGCUGGUAUGGCUGGAACAGAUGUGAUAGAUGUGAUAGACAGGUGGAGCAAGAAAUUGACGUGACGGAGGGUGUGAGAUCCAGGUGUAUCUAUAAGAUGCAUGGUCAUGGAGGCUAUGACUCUGAUUUUAGUGAUGAUGAACACUGUGGAGAAUCUAGCAAAAGGAAAAAAAGGACAGGUGAAGAUGAUUUACUGCUCCAAAAGCCAUUUCAGAAAGAAAAACAUGGAAAGGUGGUGCAUAAACAGGUUGCAGCAGAAUUGCUGGAUAGGGAAGAAGCAAGAAAUAGAAGGUUUCAUCUCAUAGCUAUGGAUGCUUAUCAAAGGCAUACAAAGUUUGUAAAUGACUAUAUUUUAUACUAUGGUGGCAAGAAAGAAGAUUUCAGGCGAUCAGGGGAAAAUGACAAAACAGACAUGGAUGUUAUACGAGAAAAUCAUAGAUUCCUAUGGAAUGAGGAAGAUGAAAUGGACAUGAACUGGGAGAAGAGACUUGCAAAGAAAUACUACGAUAAAUUAUUCAAGGAAUACUGCAUAGCAGAUCUCAGUAGAUACAAAGAAAAUAAGUUUGGAUUUAGGUGGAGAAUAGAAAAAGAAGUAAUUUCAGGAAAAGGCCAGUUUUUCUGUGGAAAUAAAUAUUGUGAUGAAAAAGACAACUUAAAGAGUUGGGAAGUUAAUUUUGGUUAUAUUGAGCAUGGAGAAAAGAGAAAUGCACUUGUUAAAUUAAGAUUAUGCCAGGAAUGUUCCUUUAAAUUAAAUUUUCAUCGCAGGAGAAAAGAAGUCAAGUCCAAAAAAAGGAAGGAUAAAAUAAAAGAUUGUGAAGAGUCAGCACAUAAAAAAUCCAGAUUAUCUUCUGCAGAAGAGACCUCUAAGAAAAAGGAUAAAGGACAUUCAUCCUCAAAGAAAUCAGAAGAUUCUGUAAACAGAAGCUCUGAUGAGGAAGAAAGUACUUCAGAAUCUGAACUUUGGAAGGGUCCCCUACCAGAGACCGAUGAAAAAUCACAGGAAGAAGAAUUUGAUGAAUAUUUUCAAGAUUUGUUUCUGUGAGAUGGAAGAGUGAAGCCUACAUUCCUUCAUGUAAAAACACACUUCGAAAUGAUUCCAAAAAGUUUUAUCUGCAAGUUGCAGUUUGAGUGAUUUGUCUCUAGAAAUAAAAAUUCAGCUACUCUCAA